GACUUUGUCACGUGUCGUGACUGAUUUGAUCUUAACUCUCAACUUGCAUUGCACUUGCACCCACCAGACCUCUCGCUGGUCAUUGCUAGAACAUCCGAGACUAGUCUAAAAAGAUCUCCGAAUUAUGCAUCCAAGGAGCAGGGGACAGUUCCACGCACACUGGCAACCGACGUGCCGUAAGCGCGGUAACUGUGCGUCGUCUAUACAUCGGCUCUCUCGCGAGUCGUGGGACUGCAGCCAUGGACAGAGGCACGGUAACAUGCGCACUACGUGCUAGCGAGACUCCGCUUCCUGCCCAAUUCUCACGGCUGUCCAGCAAAGAGCGCUUUAUCCACAGGGCUCUCGCGUGUUCUCUCUCUCUCUCCUCAUCUCUCUCUUUUUCCUUCGCUUUUCCACCCUCUGUAGUUGAUGCUAUGGCGGACACGAUUGAACACUCCGUGAUCCAGUUCAGCCCCGCGUCGAAGGCGUUCAUGGCGAACCGAAUCACAGCCCUCGGUGCUUGGGUCAUCGCCGGUUUUGUGGACGCCAUCCUAUUUGGCAUCGUCGCCUGCCAGGUAGUGACGUUCUUCCAGUCCUAUCGCCGCCACAAAGGAAUCGAGAGGCAUUAUGGACGACUCGUGCUGGUUGUUACGGUCCUGGCCACGAUGAAGACGGCGCAGUCCCUGGGCAUCAUCUGGGCGCAAACUGUCGUCCAGUGGAUGAACCCCGAUGUUGCGCAGACGUUGGUUGCAAAAGCCUGGUUUGAAGUCAGCACACCGACGAUGACUGCCAUUACGGCCAUUAUCGUGCAGAGUUUCUUCACGAUGCGGUUUUACAUGCUGCUCCGCAACUUCCUGUACUGCAUCCCGAUCUUGAUGUCCAUGAUGUUGAGCUUCGCGGCCGUAUGUCUUUCACUCAACAGUAUCGUGACGAACAACACCAAGGCCAAGAUCAUGUGGCUUCUGGUGCAUCUCGUGUGCACGUUCUGCACGGACUUUAUGAUCACCGUCGGCACGUGUCUGGCUCUGCAGAAGCGCAACUCGGGCGGGCUUGCGUCGACGACGAACCUCAUCAACAGACUGAUGCGACUCGUCUUUGAGAGCGCCAUCCCUCCCACGGUGGGCUCAGCUCGUUGCCAGCCUGGAUUGAUCGCUUACUGGCCGGCGCAGAUCGCUGCAGGUAUUGACCUCAUCAUGACACAAAUACUCGGUCCUAGGCUCUUGUGGCAUCUCGUGAUCAACUUUGCGUUGAGCAAGCUGUAUAUCAUCAGUCUACUGUACACGCUCAACUGCAUCAACGAGUAUCGCCGCGCCCGAGAGCUGAGUGGUGGAGUCAACUCGUCAGGAUCGAGGGGCCUCCAUGGCCCAUCUGUCAAGCGCGGAGACAUCGACCUCGUGCAAAUACGCAAGCCCGGCCAGGUCCUCGUCGAGACCCAGAUCAUCACGCACAUCUCCCCGUCGACUGGCGACAUCGAGGACCAGACUCACGCCAGUCAAGACGACGGCAAGCGCUCGGAGUGGCACUGAGUCAGACCAGAAGUCAUGUUCACUCUUCCUAUAGACGUCUAAAAGUUUAAUAGUUGCCGUAUUCUACUGUUAUCACAAGAACCACUACCCUCGAAUAGGAUCGAAAAUAUUUUCGUGCUGGGAUCAAUCACGUGGUCGCGUUCGCGACGUGACUGACCAGACUCCUAAAUAGGACAGGGCGGUCCAUUCAAGCGUCUUCCAAGCACAGCCGCUUUCAAGACAUGAAUUAGACUGUCGCAGCACGCUCACGAGCUCCCUCUGCGAGACUGCGCGGGUCUACAAUCCAGAUGACGGCCGUGCUGUCAUGGACCCCCUCGUCUUCAUCGGUCAACUUCCCCGCAAGCCGAGCCGCCUUGACUUCUCUCAUCAGCGCCUUGAUGCUGUUCUUGUUGGCCGUCAACGUCGUCCACCCCCGGCGCGAGCCGAGUAGCAUGCUCUUGACGGUGUGUGCGGUCAGUCGUCCGUUCACCCGGGUCACGGCGGCUCGUUGGCUUGCUG